GUGGUAAAGAAUCUACCUCACUGGGAAUGUCAUCAUUACCAACUUCAGAUGGAUUUAACCAUCCAGCCCAUUCUUUAAGACAGAGUCCUGAGAUUGGUAAUCCUAUGAGUCUUGCUCACUCUGUCUCUGCUUCAGUCUGCCCUAUCAAGCCCAGUGACCCAGAUAGCAUCAAACCUAACGCUGUGAAGGCUUUGAAGGCUUCAGCUGAGUUCCAGAUAAAUUCUAAAAAGAAAGAACAUCUUCCUCUACAGGAUCUUUUUGAUCAUGCUUCUUCAGCAGACCAGAGUCCAGCUAUGCCUUUGCAGAAUUCAUUUGAAGAAGCAGUUGUUGCAGGUAAUCUGGAGAAAUCUGCUGAAAGAAGCACCCAGGGCCUCAAGUUUCUUCUUCACACAAGGCAGGAAGCUAGUUUAUCUGUCACAACUACUAAUGUGCAUGAACCAGAGGUGUUUCUAAGUGAAAAGGGUGGGCAUACAGAAAAUCAGAACUUGAGUCAAGUGAAUGGCCUUCAGCAGCAUGAAGAACCAGGGAAUGAACAGCAUGAGGCUGUACAAAACAAUGUUCCAUGUGACCUAGAACAUCUUUGUAACAUAGGAGACCUUGAACCUUCUGGAGAAAGGCAACAGAACCAACAAAGUAUUGAUUUGGAAGUUACGAUGAAAGGAGAAGAUAGACUACAGCAGAAUGUGGAUCUUCCAAGUACAGAGAAAAGUAUUCUACCUUCAGGAUGCUUUGGCUGCUCGAAUUCAGAAACACUUAUGGAAAUAGAUAUAGUUGAACAGUCCCUAGUUGCUGUGCUUAAUUCAUCAGGCAAUCAGAAUGCCAAUGUCAGGAACAUUGGUGCAUCUAAUCUCACUUCAGAUAAUCCCUUGAUGGAAGUAGAAACAUCAAAAUGUAACCUUUCAUCUGAAAUUUUGAGUAAUUCCAUUUCCACUCAGGAUUUACAGCCCCCAGAAAGUAAUGUCGAAAGGUCUGAAACAAGUAAAGAAUAUGGCAAUUACUCCCUACCUUUAAGUCUCAGUGGUAGUUGUCAGUCCUCUGUGGAGUCAACAGAAGAAUCUUGUUCAUCUAUAACAGCAGCCUUGAAAGAACUUCAUGAACUUUUGGUUAUUAGUAGUAAACCAGCUUCAGAAAGUACAUCUGAAGAAGUUAUUUGUCAAUCAGAAACAGUAACUGAGAGCCAAACAGGUAGUAAGGACCUUUCUGAAAGAUGGACCCCAGAUGAACAUUUUACCCAGGAUGAGCAGUGUCCACAAGUCUCGUUUCAUCAAGCCAUAUCUGUAUCAGUGAAGACAGAAAAAUCAACAGGUACUUUCCCUGGCACUGGAAUUGAAGAUGUAGAAAAUAUUAACUGCAGGGGUCCAGAUGAUUGCCUGUCAACUGAUAAGGAAGGUGUCCCCAAAUCUAGGGAAUCAGUAAGCGAGAGCAGUUCUGUCACUAAAACCUCAGCUAAAAUGUCUAAUCAAUUACACCGCACCUUAGGUGUAGAAAUUUCACCCAGAAUUUUAGCAGGUGAGAAGGAUGCACUAAGUCAGACUUCUGAGCAAACUAAGUCUUUGUCAUCCAGUUUCAUAUUGGUUAAAGACUUGGGUCGGUGCAUACAGAAUCCAAUAACAGACAGGCCUGAAAUCAGAGAAAAUGUCUAUCCUGAGGAUGCAAGGCCAUUUCUUGAAUUUGAAUCACCUGUCAGCCAUCCAUCAUCAAGUCCCUCCAUUCUUCCACGAUUAAUUUUUCCUGCUACAGAUAUUGACCGGAUUCUCCGUGCCGGCUUUACUUUGCAGGAAGCUCUUGGGGCUUUGCAUCAAGUUGGUGGAAAUGCAGACCUUGCACUUCUUGUUUUGCUGGCAAAGAACAUUGUAGUUCCUACGUAACUAUCGGAAAGUGGACUAGAUCAUACUCCAUUCCCUUAAAAAAAAGCUCUCUCUAAAUACAUAUGCACACUCACCACAUAUACAGUAUAUGUAGAAACCUGCAAGCAGAAUGUUGAGCCAGAUUUUUUUUAAAGAUUUUUUUUCGGCCAAAGUAGUCAUUUAUGAUCUCUUGUCUGGUGAAUUUGUCUAUUCUACUUGUUAAAAUUUGGGCCUUUUUUAAUGUAUUGGCAGUAUGUGCGUACAAAAGCUUUUUAUUCUCAUUGAGACAAUGUAUUCUGGAAUAAAAUGGAUGGUUUUGUGUAUAGCAUACCAUUUUAGAAUGAGAGUGAAUGCUUUUGAAAAGCAGAAGCCAUGAGAAAUCCCACCACCCA